UGUAACAAUCAGUACGUAACAUUGGACUCGGUUAGCACGUGGCACGUGUAUAAUCGGGAAAAUAAGCUAGCUAAAAAUUGUCAACAAAGUCAAUACCGGGUCAAUGAGGAAAUCAAUGAUAAAGUUUCCGUAUAUUUUGGUGACAUAACAGCCCUUGAAGUCGAUGCCAUAGUUACGUCAGCCAACCGUCGACUGGCACCUGGAGGUGGAGUCGAUCGGGCCAUACGUACGGCUGCCGGCUAUGAUAUGAUUGAUGCCGAGUGUCGGUCACUAAACGGCUGCCAAAUGGAUGUUAUACAUGCUGUCGGACCAGUAGUCAACAGCACCGGUAGUACUUAUAGUGGUGGAUCACUACAGCAGCCACCUAACAAUGAUCAUCUAUUGGUUGGCUGUUAUCAGCACCUGCUAGACCUGGUAGCCUACAGGGGCUGGAAAUCGGUAGCCAUACCAUGUAUAUCGGCCGGUGCUAAAGGCUAUCCACACGAUAGGGCCGGACAUAUAGCUUUGAGGACAGUACGCCAAUGGCUUGAAUCGAAUCCAUAUGCUAGUAGAUUGGACAGGGUCAUAUUUUGUCUAUACCAACAACAAGAUCUAGAUGUCUAUACUAAGCUAAUGAUAGAGUAUUUUCCAGUUGUACAAACAUAA